AUGAUACGGUGGUUAUCACGGCUGGGCUCACCAGGCCCGUCACCGGGCUCAUCGGCUAUCAGUGAGUCACCUCGUAAAGAGUCGGUGUCAGAAAAUUGGAGUGUCGCUUAUGCAUCUGACCCGACUGAAUGGGAACGGAAAUUUGGUGAAUGCUGGGAAGUGGCGGAGAAAAUACUUGACAAAAAAGCAAACCAUCCAGAGCAUGACAUCACUUAUAACGAGAUGACCCAACUUGUGGCUCAAUUAACUAGAAUGUGUCAACUGCUGAUGAUGGAAGUGAACGCACAACCGGAACCAGCCAUAGGACCUAUUCUUGACCGAUAUUUCACAAAUCAAAUUAUGGAAAUGGUUCUCGAUUGGGCGAUUCAAGUUCCUGAUUUUCUGAAGCCGACCUGUCAGGUACGCACCCACCGCCUAUACCUUUAUUAUACAUAUUUGAUUCCCUGA